AUGGCGUCCAACACUGGUUAUGGCACCACCCAGGCCGAAAGCUUGAACUUCCCAUGGCCAAAUCUGGAAGUGAUCAUGGAGAUGACAUGCGAGGGUCAGCAGGUAACACCCGAGGUCCACGCAAAAGUGGAAAAGGGGUUCUUCCCAGCACCAAACGAUCACAAAUGGACGUGUUAUCGACGGAACUACUUCUCGGUGACAUGCAACUUUGAGCUCCACCCAAACAUCAUCAAUGGACGUCUUUUUCUCAAGCGCAAUGGCACCAACGAACAGGUACAGGCCAUGGGAAUGCGACUGUCUGCAGCGGUCGAUGGACCAAAUGGCAAGAGCAUCGAAUUGAUCGCGCACACACCGAAGCGUGACAACGGCCCGAAGAACCCAAUCACGGUGAUCAAGGUCGCGCCAACACCCACCAGUGGCAGAGCGGAGCACUCACUGUCACCUAACGCAGUGUACCAGCUGCCGAUGUCGACGUUCCAUGCCACCGGUGCUGUGCCGGGUGUCUUUCUGCCUCUGCAGCAUACCAAUGAUCCUGAAAAUUCCCCGGCGACUGUUGGCACUUCGCAAUUCUCGUCGCCGAGCUAUGGCGGUUACCCGGCGCCAGCUUCGUCUCAUAUACAGAAUCCCGCCCAGCAUAUCAGUCACACGUUCGAACGAGUACAGUUCAAAUCAGCCACAGCCAACAAUGGCAAGCGACGUGCCUCGCAGCAGUACUUUCACCUGAUCGUUGAGCUCUUUGCUGACGUUCGGAAACCCGAGAGCGAUACUGCAACUUGGGUUAAGGUUGCCCAACGCGUGAGCGACAAGAUUGUCGUGCGUGGAAGAUCACCAAGUCAUUACCAGAAUGAAGGUCAGCAUGCACAUAUUGGGCGUGGUGGUAAUGCCAGUGGUGGUGGGUACAACGGCUCUGGUGGAGGCUACAGUGUCAAUUCAGGUGGCUUCCGUGGCGUUAACGGUGGCAGUUAUGAUGCUGGUAUGGGACACGGUACUGGAGGGUAUCGAGGCUCAGACGGCUCCGAAAGUAGCCCGGACAGUAUGGAGGAUGGUGCGGUUUUGAACGAUCACCAUGCCGAUGCCACCAUGAGCGACGCUGAGCAUGCCGACAUUCAUGGCUCGAACAGCUACCUAUACUAUCCUGGCACAAUUUAUGAGGGCAUCACACCACAGAUUCUACCACCGCUGGCCAAAGUGGACUCCUUGGCUCGCUACACAACCGAUCCGAGACAAUAUGCCGUCAAGACAGAGUAUGCUGAUGCUGUUCCCGGUGCGCAAUGGUCGGUUCGCGGCUGUCGUCCAUUCCAGGGUGUCGAAUCAAGUCGUGGCUACUAUCCAGACCUGUCCGGUGCCUCAGAUGGAUACACCUGA